AGGCAAUGAGUGAAAUGUUUUUGUUGAUGUAAAUAUUAAUGAAAUAACCUUGAGCAACCUAAACAUAUCUACACACUGCCAAAUGCGGCUUGGUGGAUGUUGAAUGAUUUUCUCUAUGGACUUAAAUGCCUCACCGUUACCUGAAGAAGAUGAUGAAGCGAUCUUUGAAGAUCAUGAUCACGAAGAUCACGUUGAAGGACGACUUGCAAUGGAAGAACAUGUAGAGACUGCAGUUGAAACUUUUCGCAGAGAGCGUGAAGAACGACGUCAACGAUUGAGAAGGGAAUACCAAGAUGAGGGCCCAAACCGCUCAUUACAGCAACCGAGAAAGGAUCUUGUUUCUCAAACUAAAAGACCUAGAUCUUAUGACAGAUUUAAGCCUCCAUCUGGUUGGCUGGAUUGUCCUCCUUAUGGCAAGUGUAUGGAUUUCUUAAUCCCUUCUAAAGUUCCUCUUGGGGAGUCUUUCAAUGACUCUGUUACUCCUGGUAAAAGAUAUUCUUUGAGACAAGUGAUUCAUCAACAAAAAGUGGCUGGCAGAGAGUUUGGCUUAGUAAUUGAUCUGACAAACACCACUCGCUACUAUUCUCCGGCGGAUUGUAAGAAACAAGGUAUUAAGCAUGUUAAGAUUGCAUGCAAAGGAAGGGAUUCUGUACCUGAUAAUGAGUCUGUAAAUAACUUCGUGUAUGAGGUCUUCCAGUUUUUGUCCCGCCAAAAACAAUCCAAGAGGUUUAUUCUUGUCCAUUGCACUCAUGGGCAUAAUCGCACAGGCUUUAUGAUCAUUCAUUUUCUUAUCCGUUCACAAUCUAUUUCUGUCACUGAGGCUAUACAAAGAUUUGCUAGUGCACGCCCGCCAGGAAUAUAUAAACAGGACUAUAUUGAUGCAUUAUACACUUUCUAUCAUGAGAGGAAACCUGAAACAGUCACUUGCCCACCAACCCCAGAGUGGAAAAGAUCUUCUGAUUUUGACCUGAAUGGUGAAGCUGUGCCAGAUGAGGAUGAUGAUGGUGGUAUAGCUGUUUCUUUGCAUCAAGAUGACCAUGUAGAAAAUGAAGUAAUGACAAAUGAUGAUGUCAUGGGAGAUGCAAUACCUGCUGACCAGCAAGAUGCAAUGCGACAGUUCUGUUAUCACACUCUCAAAUUGGGUACAGGGGCGAGACGAAUCUUACAGUUUCCAGGCUCGCACCCUGUAUCUCUCAACAGGGAAAACUUGCAAUUGUUGAGACAACGGUAUUACUAUGCGACAUGGAAAGCUGAUGGAACACGCUAUAUGAUGCUCUUGACUUAUGAUGGAUGUUACUUGAUUGAUAGAAACUUUUGUUUUCGAAGGGUGCAGAUGCGGUUUCCGACAAGAAACACAAAUGAGGGUCUACCUGAGAAGACUCACAACUUAACAUUACUUGAUGGUGAGAUGAUAAUUGACACUGUUCCAGAUACACAGAAGCAGGAGAGAAGAUACUUGAUCUAUGAUCUGAUGGCCAUUAAUGGGACGUCUGUCGUAGAGCGGCCCUUCUACGAAAGGUGGAAGAUGCUUGAGAAAGAAGUGAUCGAACCUCGAAAUUUGGAACGCCAGCAUAUAAAUCAUAGUAGAAAUUCUUCCUACAGAUAUGACCUGGAGCCAUUCAGGGUGAGGAGAAAGGAUUUUUGGUUGCUAUCUACUGUUAACAAGCUUCUAAAUGAAUUUAUCCCAAGGCUUUCACAUGAAGCAGAUGGUCUUAUCUUUCAGGGCUGGGAUGAUCCUUAUGUUCCCCGUACCCAUGAGGGCCUCCUGAAAUGGAAAUACCCUGAAAUGAACUCAGUUGAUUUUCUCUUUGAGCUGGAAGACGAAGAUAGACAACUACUUUAUCUUCAUGAACGGGGAAAUAGGAAGCUCAUGGAAGGGAAUCUGGUUGUGUUUAAAGGUGACUUAGAUCCUUCUGCAUUUUCAGGGAAGAUUAUAGAGUGUUCGUGGGAUUCUGAGGAAGAGGUCUGGGUAUGUAUGCGCAUCAGGGCAGACAAAUCAACACCAAAUGAGUUCAAUACCUACAAGAAGGUGAUGCGAAGCAUAAGGGAUAAUAUCACAGAGGAUGUCUUGUUAAAUGAAAUUGGUGAGAUUGUUCGUCUACCCAUGUACGCAGACAGGAUAAGGAAUGAUAGCAAAGCAGCCCAAAUGCACCACCAGCACCAAAAUUCAGCGCGACGAAAAUGAUGGCGGUUGAUCUACAUUAAGUUGCUAGUGUUCACAUAAAAUAGCGAUGAUGCCACACUGCUGUGGAAGUAGUGUAGUUAGUAUCCAAUGAUACCCCUAGGCGUAGUCUCAUAGCAUGUGCGACACUGUUAGAGUUG